GGAUCCGUCAGGACGGAAAUAAAUCAAAAUCGAUUAGGUUCUAAUCCCAGAGAAUUAGAUUUAAGUGAUGCAGUUUCAUCUGAAGAAUGUGCUCGAAUUUUAAUUGAAGGUAUAAGUCGAGGUGAUAAAGAAAUUUUAUUUACAAACAGAGAUAAACUUAUUAGAUUAAUCGAAGGUGUAUACCCAGAGUUAUUAGCUUAUUUUGCAUAUGCUAAAGCUAAAAAACAUGUGGAUUUAGAUAGAAAUAAAAAUCAAUCGAGAAAGAAACUUUCAAUACUCGGAAAUUUAAUUAAAG